AGCAUUCUGACACUGGGAAAACUGGCUUUUCAACAGCUACAGAAAGGCAAUCUGAUAUUCUAUGAAGAAGACCUGGAAGAGUGUGGCAUUGAUAUUAGUGAAGCAACAGUGUACUCAGGAGUCUGUACACAGAUCUUUAAAGAGGAAUGUGGGCUGAACCAGGACAAGGUGUUCUGUUUUGUCCAUUUGAGCAUUCAGGAGUUUCUAGCUGCUGUAUAUGUGUUUCUCUCAUUCAUCAACAACAAUGAGAAUCUAAUGGAUGAACAACAAUCAACCGACAGGAAUGUUGUAGUGCAGUUAAGAGACCAAGUCACAUUCUACAAGACUGCUGUGGAUAAAGCCUUCCAGAGUAAGACUGGACACCUGGACCUUUUCCUCCGCUUCCUUCUGGGUCACUCACUGGAGUCAAAUCAGAAGCAUUUACGCGGUCUACUGACAAAGACUAGAAGCAGCUCACUGAGCCAUAAAGUAACAGUCAAGUACAUUAAGAAGAAGAUCAGGGAGAAUCCCGCUUCAGAGAGGUGUAUCAAUCUGUUCCAUUGUCUGAAUGAACUGAAUGACCAUUCUCUAGUAGAUGACAUCCAAAGAUACCUGAGUUCAGGACGUCUCUCCAAUGAAGAACUCUCACCUGCACAGUGGUCAUCUCUGGUCUUUGUGUUACUGACGUCAGAAGAGGAGAUUGAUGUGUUUGACCUGAAGAAAUACUCCACAUCAGAGAAAGGUCUUCUGGGGUUGCUGCCCGUGAUCAAAACCUGCAGAACUGCUCUAUUGUCAUGUUGUGGAAUCACAAAGAAAGGCUGUGCUUCUCUGGUCUCAGCUCUGAAGUCAAACCCCUCAAACCUGAAAGAGCUGGAUCUUAGCUACAAUCAGCCAGAGGAUUCAGUGGAGAAGCUCUCUGCUUUGGUGGAGGAUACGCAAUGUAGACUGGAGUCUCUGAGACUGUCAGGUUGUGGAAUCACAAAGAAAGGCUGUGCUUCUCUGGUCCCAGCUCUGAAGUCAAACCCCUCACACCUGAAAGUACUGGAUCUGAGCUACAAUCACCCAGAGAUUUCUGGAGUGAAGAAACUCUCAGCUUUGGUGGAGGAUCCUGAAUGUAGACUGGAGGCUCUGACACUGUCAGUUUGUGGAAUCACUGAGGAAGGCUGUGCAUCUCUGGUCUCAGCACUGAAGUCAAACCCCUCACACCUGGAAGAACUGGAUCUGAGUAACAAUGACCUGAAGGAUACGGGAGUGGAGAAGCUCUCUGCUUUGCUGAAGGAUCCACAAUGUAGACUGGAGACUAUGAGACUGUCAGGCUGUCUGGUCACAGAGGAAGGCUGUGCUUCUCUGGUCUCAGCUCUAGAGUCAAACCCCUCACACCUGAAAGAACUGGAUCUGAGCUACAAUUACCCAGGAGACUCAGGAGUCAGACUGCUCUCUGCUGGACUGGAGGAUCCACACUGGAGACUGGAGAAACUCAAUAUGGAUCAUUGUGGAGAGUGGAGGUUGAAAUCAGGACUGAAGAAAUAUGUCUGUGAUCUCACACUGGACUCAAACACAGUAAACAGAAACCUCUCUCUGUCUGAGGAGAACAGAAAGGUGACAUGGAGGGAAGAGGAGCAGCCAUAUCCUGAUCACCCAGAGAGAUUGGACUUCUGUCCACAGGUGUUGUGUAGAGAGGGUCUGUCUGGACACUGUUACUGGGAGGUAGAGUGGAGUGGGGGAGGGGCUGAUAUAGGAGUGACAUAUAAAGGAAUCAACAGGAAAGGAAAGCGUUAUGAGUCUUGCCUUGGAUUCAAUGACAAGUCCUGGAUUCUGAACUGUUAUGAUGACUGUUACUCUGUCAGGCACAAUGAUAAGACAACUGUCAUACCUGUCACCUCCUCAGACUCCCACAGAGUAGGAGUGUAUCUGGACUGGCCAGCCGGCACUCUGUCCUUCUACAGGGUCUCCUCUGACACACUGACCCACCUGUACACAUUCAACACCACAUUCACUGAGCCCCUCUAUCCAGGGUUUAGGGUUUAUACUGACUCC